GGUCUAUCAGCUCGUUGCAAAAUAGUUGCGUCAGAGACUCGCGCAUUUCUAACGAGGAAGGUGAACCUCGGACGUUUCUCUCGGUCACUACAGAGUAGAAGGAAAUUGCAAACAUGUUGGUGGCGAGGCUGACAUGCCUGAGGAGUCUCCCGUUAGUCGGGCUCCGUCCUGUGGUGUCACAGGGCUCAUCGGCCCUGAGAGCACCCACCCUGAAGGCCUGCCCACCCCUCCUCAGGCCGCAGCAGGGUUAUGCCUCAAAGGCCAGAUUUGGAUUCCGUCGAGCAAAAACCAGCAGGGAGCAGCUGAAGGAAGCAGCUUUUGAACCAGCAACCGACACAGCCAUCAAAAUUGACAGCAUGGGAAGAAUGGUUCUUGCCGGAGGUGCAGUGGUGGGCCUGGGAGCACUUUGCUAUUAUGGUCUUGGCAUGUCCAAUGAAAUUGGCGCCAUUGAGAAAUCAAUGAUCUGGCCUCAGUAUGUGAAGGACAGAAUCCACUCCACCUACAUGUACUUUGCAGGCAGCGUUGGACUGACGGCCCUGUCGGCUGUAGCUGUUAGCAGGAACCCGGCGCUGAUGGGUCUGAUGAUGAGGGGGUCCUGGAUGGCAAUCGGAGCAACCUUUGCAGCAAUGAUUGGAGCAGGGAUGCUGGUUCGAUCCAUCUCAUAUGAGCACAGCCCAAUACCCAAACAUCUGGCUUGGAUGCUGCAUGCAGGUGUGAUGGGUGCUGUCAUCGCUCCACUAACUCUGCUGGGCGGACCUCUGAUGAUGAGGGCUGCUUGGUACACUGCAGGCAUCGUGGGAGGUCUGUCCACUGUGGCUAUGUGCGCUCCAAGUGAGAAGUUCCUCAACAUGGGAGGUCCGCUUGCUGUCGGCUUUGGAGUGGUAUUCGCCUCCUCCCUUGGGUCGAUGUUUCUGCCACCCACCUCAGCGUUUGGAGCAGGCCUGUAUUCUGUCGCUGUCUACGGAGGCCUUGUUCUCUUCAGCAUGUUCCUCCUCUACGACACACAGAAGGUCAUUAAGAAAGCGGAGACACACCCACUGUAUGCUGCACAGAAAUAUGACCCCAUAAAUGCGUGUAUGGGGAUUUACAUGGACACGCUGAACAUUUUCAUGAGGCUGGUGAUGAUCCUGGCUGGCGGCGGUGGCGGCAAACGGAAGUAGACAUCCGCUGGAGCUUUACUUUUUUUUUUCCCACAGAGCUAAACAAAGUUUCCACUCAGCAAACAAGUGUUAUCCUUUAAAUACAAAUCUUAUGUGGCUGGUAGAUGAUAAUAAAAGCUCUGGAAAGAUUUUGAAGGUAGGGAUGGGAUUCUGAGCUACAAAUCAAGAAGACAAAUUUAUGUAUUUUGAUAACAACCUGACAUGGAGCUCUUACUUGGUUGUUGAAGGUUUGUUUAUUCUGGGAGUGCAUGGAUCUGGUAAACCACUCAGUCUAAAAUAGAGGAGCUGUUUUUGUAUUAUACUUUGUUUUCUAUUUAUUUUUGCUGACAGACUUCAAAAAUACUUAAGCAGAACUACUGCAUGUCGACCAAAAUUAUUCCACAUUAGAACAAUGGCUUGACUGGUGUACGUUUCUGAUUAAGCAUUCACUGUUAUGUCACUUCAGUUUUAUGGUGAAUAGGUGACAUUAGUUCAUAUGUUUAUAAAUAACACAAAGCUAUUUCAACACCAAUUAAUAAAACUGUUAAAAAUAG